CGCGCACAGUCGUAAGAGCCUUCAGGAAACGCAUUCAAUUAUCUACUUUAUUUGUGUGCAACAAGUUCCAAAUUCAAAUUUGUUUUCAAUGGCUGUUAUAUAGUGCAGCGAUAACGUUUGCUCUCUGUGAUACUGAUAAUGCCCAUGAGACCAAUUUAAACUCGCAUUUUGAUAUAAAAAUUAUACCUAAAUGAUAGUCGCGCAUGCAUUUACCUCGUAUUUGUUCGUAGAUGUACGAGUAUCAGCGCCCACGAGACGCACGGGUGACUGACGUAUUCUAGAUAUCAUUUUCAUGUCACAAUGUAAAUUUGAAUUGACCUCCAGUUUAAAAUUAUUAUAAAGCAGUUCUAGCCCCUGCUUCGCAGAUUCGUCGUCUGAUUCUGUGGUGUAAGUCUAUUCGUAUACAGAGUGGGCUCCACUCUGUACUAAAGCAUUAAAAAGUGAUUUUAGUGCUAUAGUUGUGGAAAUUAUUUAUGACAAUUUAAUUCAAGUGUUAAAAUGAGGGUGAAAGCAUUUUUUCUGGUGGUGGCUGCGACUUCUCUGGUAGAAUGCAAGCAGUACCGCAGCGACUACGAAGACUACCCGGAUGCUGGCGGCUGGCUCAAGCUGCACCGUGUGCCUGCCAACUGUCAUGAGGCCCGUCUACGGUGCCAUCUCGAAGGAGGCACCCUGGCAUCUCCGCUGACUCAAAAGAUGUCAGAUGUGUUAAAGAGCUUCGUAGAAGACCACGAGCUGGGCAGCCGCGGUAUAUUUACCGGUAUCCGUGCCACCUUCUCCAGGGGAGACUUCGCUUCCAUCGAGGGAGUUCCUCUGGCAAGGAUCCCGCACCGCUGGGCUUCUGGCGAGCCUGACAAUAAGCAGGACUCUGAGCAGUGCAUCCUGCAACUGAAGGAUGGCUCGCUGGCUGACGUGAGCUGCAACGACACAUACCCUUACAUUUGCUACCGCAAGUACACUAACCAGUUAACCAACGCCUGCGGUACUUUUGACAAUGAGUACCAGCUUGACGCGCGCACGGGCAACUGCUACAAGUUCCACCUGGUCCCGCGCACGUGGUCGCGCGCGUACAUGGCCUGCACGGCUGAGGGCGGCCAUCUAGCCAUCAUCAAUAGCGACACUGAAGCCAAGGUCCUGGCAGACCUGUUCGCGAAAUACCAGCCCUCAAGUAUGCAGUCUAGGUCGCCAUAUAGCGGCACAAUGGUCUUUAUUGGCUUCCAUGAUUGGAACGAGCAUGGAGAAUGGCUCACCGUCCAAGGUCAGACCCUGCAGCAGGCGGGCUACGCGCGCUGGUCGCACGGGCAGCCAACCAGCGUGCCCUACAAAGACCACCCCGUGGAGUACUGCGGCGGCAUCCAACGUUCUGCUGGGCUCGAUGAUCUGUGGUGCGAUAUGCCGUAUCACUUCAUCUGUGAGAAGACUCCUGAUAGUUUGCUGUGGGAUGAACAGUAGAACCAUCACAACACCCAUUUGUUCCAACACCCACGACAACCUGUUGCGUGACAAGUAAACACUCUUCAUCAGUGAAAAGGCACUUGACUGGUUGUUGUAGGACGAACAGUAGAACACCCACUACAUCACAAUAACACCCAUAAGUUCCAUCACCUCGGCGAUCUAUGGUGCGGCUUGCCAUAUUACUUCAUCUAUGAGGAGGCACCUGACAGUCUGCUGCGGGAUGAACAGUAGAAUCAACACAACAAUACCGAAACGUUCCACCACCUCGACGAUAUGCACGACUCAACUAAUCUUUUGUGAGAUUAAAAAUAGAACCAUCACAAAAAUGAAAAGAAAGGUAUUUCUAUACUUAAAAAGAGGUAUAUUUUUACUAUUGUAUUUUUUUAAUGUGCUUUUUACUGAAUAAAUCAUUUUUUCAUUA